AUGACAAACAUUCCACGCGGGGUGGGUGCCCCACCACCCCCUGGAAUGAAUUCGACAAAACGAGGUCGACUUGUAUGUAUCAAAGUUCGAAUGCUCGAUGAUACUGUAGCUGUUUUUCAUCUUGGGGUAGGCACAAAUUUUUCUUUUUUUUUCAAAACAAAAAUCAUUUAAAAAAAUUACAGCAUAAAGCGAUUGGUCAAACAUUGCUCGAUGAAGUUUGUCGUCAUUUGAAUUUGCUAGAAUGCGAUUAUUUUGGACUAGCUUUUAUCGAUAUCAAUGGUAAUCACGUAAGUUUUUUUUGUGAAAAAUUUGUUCUACUGAAUUUUCGAUACAUUUUCAGUGUUGGCUAGAUCGUGAGAAAACAAUCCUGCGACAAAUUACCAAUGGUUCAACUGACGCCAAAUUCUAUUUCAUUGUCAAAUUCUACACACCAAAUCCUAUUGAUCUUGAAGAAGAAUAUACGAGGUGAUAAUUCCCAUACAUAUCUGAAAUCAUUUACCGAAAACCAUUUCCAGAUACCUGUUCACUCUUCAAAUCAAACGUGAUCUUGCUCUUGGUGAACUACAUUGUAGUGAUAGUACGGCAGCUCUAUUAUCAGCAUAUUCAGUGCAAUCAGAGUGUGGUGAUUUUUCUUCGGAUGAUUAUCCUGAUGCAACAUAUUUGUCACAUUCAAGAUUUGUGCCGAAUCAGACGUUAGAGUUUCAGAAAAAGGUUAUGGAUAAUCAUAGGAAUUUCAUGUGAGUUGCCAAAGAGUAUAUGUAAUUAUAGUUUUCUUUAAUUGUCAAACACUUUCCAUUUUAUUCGAAAAACCAAAUUGAUUUUCAGUGGAAUGUCACCUGGAGAAUCAGACCUUGCGAUGCUUGAAGUUGCUAGAAGAUGUGAUUUCUAUAGUGUAAAAUUACACGUGGCAAAAGAUGUAGAUGGAAAUGAUGCUGCAUUGUCAGUUAUGCAUUUGGGAAUCAAAGUGUUCCGACAAUUACAAUUAGACACCACAUUUUCAUGGGCAAGAAUCCGAAAAUUGAGUUUCAAACGAAAGAAGUUGUUGGUGAAAUUGCAUCCGGAUAGUUAUGUUAGUUUUUAAAAAAGUUGCCUGAAAUUAUUAUUGUUUCUACUUCAACUGAAAAAUCUAUGAUUUUCAGCAAUACCUGAAAGAAACGGUUGAAUUCGUUUUUGACACUCGCGAUGAAUGCAAAAAUUUCUGGAAAAAGUGUGUGGAGCACCACGCAUUUUUCCGGUGCGUGCAAUCAGAAGAACCGAGGAAAGAAACACGAUUUUUCAUUAGCAAAGGGUCUUCAUUCAGGUAAGUCUCCCGAAUAAACUUCAUUCUUAUUCUAGAGUUAUAGGUAUCAUGGGCGAACGCAAAAACAAUUGAUUGAUUAUGUCAGAGAGCAUCAUAAGAGACGAGAGCCGUUCACCAGGUAUUCUAUUUGAGAAAAAGAGUUUUAGAUAGAAAAAGAUGUAAUUCCAGACCUCUUCGAUCCGCAACUACUCGGAAAGGUGGAUAUUCAUCAUCUUAUGGAAUUGUCACCGAACGCUCAUCAGUAAAGCAGAACCAUAAUGGAUCAGUUUAUGAUGAUCGAACAGAUCCAUACAAAUCUCGUCAACAACCACAGCAACAACAUUCAUCAAUGCCACAUAUUGCUCAUUAUUCAUCUUAUCAAGCUGAUCCCUCAUUCUCAGGUACUUUAGAUGCUCGUGUUGGCGGUCAUUCGACCACAACAACCACAUCCACCAAUCAUUCUGUUCCUCACCAUCACCAACGUCUUCGUCAAAUAAAACGUAGCGAUCGUUGUACAUCAGAUGUUGAAUCUGUUGAACGUCCAUCUAGAAAUUCGCAUUCUCAUUCUCAUCAUUAUCAUUGUAGUAGCAAUAGUAAUAAUAACAACAACAAAAGUGUUGCUGUUCCAUCUUGUAAUCAACAACCUGAUUUAUCUGUUUCUCUUCCCAAUGUUUUGAGUGAUGAUUUACAAAUUGUAUGUAAAGAAAUACAAUUGGAAAAUCAGGAACCGCCAAAAUCGGUUUCUGGUGAUAAUUUCCAAGAUCGCCGCACUAGUAAAGAUUAUGAUAAUGUUAGUGAAGGCUCGUAUCAAUUAUCAGAUCAUGAGCGAAGCACAAGAUCUGAAGUUGGAAUUGGCUCAAAACAUGCAGCUGCAACUAUUUUCAACUCAACAUUCGUUGCCAAACCUAAUCGCCCAAUUGUUAAACGUGUUGUUGCACAAAGUAAAAGCACACCAAAUUCCACAGAUGAUGAAGGAAAUGAAUUGAAAUCACCAUCUGAUUAUCACACAUUUCGAUAUAAAGAAUAUCCAUUUGUUAAAAAUGCGAAUAUUGUUCCAAUCGAAAUCGAUGGUCCGAAUGUGGAUCUCACUGAAAGAAGAUCGACCACAGUCUCUACCACUUCAAAAGUUCUCACUAGUUCUGGUGCAGUUCUAGUGAAGCCAAAAGUUAUUUCGACUGAAGAUGGUUCUUCUUCUCGAGGAUCACCAGAAUCAGGAACCUAUGGAGCACUUGGGCCAAUUCCGGGAAGAGUGAUGACCAAAGAAAAUGUGAUUAUCACUCCGGAAAACUCCAAGAGACCAAAACCAGCUGUACCAGCAAAACCAGUUGAUAUUAUUAAAACUGAAAGAGCAUCGAGUCAUCCUUUAGUUCAUAUGGUUGAACAACAACCAUUCUCCAGAGCUCCUUUGGAAUUUGAAGAACGAAAAUCAUCACUUUCAAGACCCGCUCUAAUAUCCGUUCAAAGCGAAGAUAAUCCUGAUAUUCAAAAGUGUCAUUUAUUCAACAGUGAUAUUCCAUAUACAUUAACCAUGCGAAACGUUGAAUCCACUCAAUCUUUACCAUUUUCAUCGUUUAAAACUGUCGAUACAAUUAAACAACAAUCACAACCACAAGCUUAUGAAUCGAACUCAUUGAAAAGAGUAUCAAAAAGUCCGGAAUUCAAAAGACGAAAAUCAUUGGAUCUUGUCCCUCGGAAAAGACUACCAUCUCCAGGAAACUUUUCCGCACAGGAUCACACCAUUUCGCCGACAACACCGGACAGCGAUGUUCUUGAAUAUUUACUUCGACGGAAAAGUUUGCUAACAAGCGAUAAGCAAACUUUGGUCACCAAAACUCGACGAACUGAUCCAAGACGACAAACUCAACCAGUUCGAUUUGAUCUACCACCUUCGCCAUGUUCACCAACGGCUGGAGGAUCAACACCGUUUAUCUCGAUAUUAAAUGAUGAUGUGUUUGAUGAAUGUGUUUCCGAAUCUCGAAGUCUUCACGAAGAUAUGGAUCGUUUGGAUAAAACAACACCGCACACUCAAUCAAUUUCAUCAUUCACAUCAAAUAAAUCACGAAGAGAUUCAGAAGACAGUGAUAUAAUGCCUCCUCCUCCAGCUGAACUACGCGGAGGGCCACCAGUUCCGCCACCUAGACCGGUUCCACCAACACCGCCGCCAAAAUCAUUAGCUGCAGCCGUUAGAGUUGCUGAAAUGAAGGCAAAACAAGCUGGAAAAUUAGUGUUUUCUGGAAAAAUUAUCGAUGAUAAAUUAAUCAAUAAUGAUUCACCACCAUUUAUUGAUGAAUCACCAAAGAAUAGUAGCGCUUCAGAUGAUUUAAUUGGAGCAAUCGAAAAUUGAUUCUAAUUACUGGUUUUUUCAUUUUUAUAUUGAAUUCUUUUCUUCCUGAAAUACUUCUUUUAUAUAUUUAGAGUUUGAUUGUGUGAGUGUGUUAAUCAGUUUUGCAUGAACAUUUCAUUUCACUAUGUGAGCACUUUUUCAUUUUUCUCAAAAAACACACACACAUUUCAUUUCGCUUCUAGUGGUUAUAUACAAAAAUCGCAUGUUUUGAUGCUCUCUAAGCAUGAUAUUGUCAUUUCCCGCCAAUUUAUGCUAAUUUUUUGUAUUUUUAAUAAAAAUAAAGAAUUUUUACUUGCGAUUUUUGAAACACAAUGAACUAGAAGCAAAAUGAAACACACAAUAUUUUUUAUCCAUUUAUUAUUUAGUUGUAAUUCCCCCAAUUUUUUGUAAUUUUAAUUUUUUAUUUUUGGAUCUCUGUUUGAGUUGUACUUAUUUUAUUUGAAAUGAAUGUUUUUUUCAGAAUCAGUUAGAUUUUUUGUUGUUUUUAACUUUACUUGAAUCAGAUAGAUUUUAAUCAUAACUUAUGUAUGUAGGUAGAAACUUGCAGAUGAGCCAAUCUAUCAACAAAUCAAUAAAAAGAAAGAUGUUAUUGUUGGAAUCAAUUCAACGUUCUCUUCAGAGACAAUAUGUACAUCGGAACCAAUCAAAGCUUCUAAAAAGUUAGAACAAUAAUUUUUAAAAAUAAUCUGAAAUAUUUUUUUGCAGAAAAAGUAAUCGGAUGACUCGAAGUACAACAGACACUACAGAAUUGACACGAGCUGAUUCAAGUGAUUCAGGCGGAGUGUCGUUGGGUGAACCUGGUUAUUCUGGAAAUGCAUCACCGAUUAUUAAAAAUUCACAAAGUCUGAUCAGUGUUGGGACAAGUCAUAGUCGGGAUAUUGAAACGAAAUUGGAAACUGAAAAUGUUGAAAUGUUAUCAUUGCCGACUUAUCGAGAUGAUUAUUUUAUAACCAGAUCAGUGAGUCUCAUUUUUGAUGUUUAUUCAUUAAAUAAACUUUGAAAAAUGUUUACAAUUAUUGGUAAUUACAGGAUUUUGCUAAAGAACAAGCUCAACUUGGAAACGUUAUCAAGGAAUUUUAUUGGAAAGAAGUUGUAUUUACAAAGGAUCUUAAUUUGAUUAUGGAAACAUUUUUUGAAACUAUCAAAGAAAAUGUUUUGCAAUGUUUAUACCUCAAAGAAAUGUUCGGAUCGUUGAAUGAACUUCGACCAAUUCAAAAAUCAUUCAUGGAAACGUUGAAAGAAACAAUGAACGGAAAAGAGGAAUUGAUGUCAUCAACAUUUUCACCUGUUCUUUUAGCAACUGUUCAUAAUUUGAUACCAAUCUAUAACUCACUAGUAUUGAAUUACCCUUUUUAUGUUUCCGCUUUGGAUCAACUUAUCAUUUCAAAACCAGAAUUCCGUGCAAUUAUCACGUGAGUGGAAUGAAGUUAUUAAAAAUCAAGUAACUUUUAAUUAUUUCAGCAAGUUCGAAGCAUCAAAACAAUGCUAUAUCCCAAUAAAUUGGCUUCUUAUCAAAAUCCUAAGCCGAAUUAUAAAUUGGCAACCAGUUCUGGCUCGCCUUAUCGAAAUACAACUAUCUGAAGGUGUUGCUGAAACUGAGAUUACAUCAGUUCGUGUUGCAAUGGAUAAAAUAAACGAAUAUGCCAAGAAAUCAAAAGCGAGUCGAAAUCAACUAGAAGAAUAUGUGUCAUUGUUACAAUUGGAGAAAGAUAUUGGAUUAGUUGGAAAAUUGUCGAACCCAAUCAGGGUGAGUUUUUGAACUCUGGCUCAGUCAGAAUUAGAAUUUCGGAAAAAAAAUUUAAUUGAAAUAUGAAUAUUGUUGAUAGGGGAAAAUUCAAACAUAACUUUUUUCCAGAAAGUUCUUCGUUUUGGAUAUGUUUUGAGAUAUGCACGCCGUGCUCCUUGCAAUAGAGUAAUGAUUCUUUGCUCAGACCGUAUCUUAUUCGGUCACCGCGGAGUAAAUCUUGAUGGCAAUUUCUUCACCGUUCACGCAGAAUUGAAACUAAAAGGUUUGAUGGUUGAAGAAGGAGACACUUAUAAAGUGAUGGAUAACAAUGAAAAUGUGAUAACUCUACACAAUGCUGAUAUUUCAAUAGUUAUUUCUGCUCCUGAUAGAGCAUCAUGGAUUGAAGAUAUCACAGAGGCAAUCAAAGAAGCAGCAAGAUCAAAAUCUGAUCUUCCAAGUCUAGUUAUGGAAAAGAAAGAGGAAUGCGAUAUUGAUAGUAAGAUUUUUUUUCAUUUCAUCUUAUCAUACAUACUGUGUUCUAGUGGUGAAAGCAUUGAUUCCGGAAGAAUCUCCAAUGUCAAAAUUAAGUCCACUUCAAAUUUGUUGGUAUCGAAAAUGUUCAUUCGGCAAAAAAGACACUUACAAAAUGGUCACCAAUACAAUGUGCGGGUAUUUGAAGAGAAAAUUGAGAAAUUCUUCUGGCUGGCAAGAUUUGUGGGUAGUUUUAUGCUGCAACACGUUGUUCUUUUAUCGGAAUCAUGAGGUAAUUUUAUUAUAAAAUAAUGUGAACCUAAUAAAUAUAUAUUGAACAUUUUUUUUAGGAAAAAGAACCACUGGCUCAUUUAUCAUUGAUUGAUUACGGAAUUGGACUACCAAAUGUGCACGAUAAUAUAAAUCAUGAAAAUUGCUUUAAAUUAUUUUACGGUUCUCAUCAGUAUUUUUUUAAAGCGGAUACUUAUUAUUUUUUUGAAAGGUAGGAUGAUCAUAGUUUCAAUUCUAUAAUCCAUUCUCUAUUUUUUUCAGAUGGGUUGAUUCUAUCUUCCAAGCUGCAAUUUCUCACAAUUCGCUUGAUGUCGUCACCGCACUUGCCUUACAUAUUUAA